CCAAACAUAGACCAACAUGCAAUUCACUUCCGGAAUGAAGGUGCAUCACGCCUUUGUCGUUUGGGACGCUAGCUAGGUACUCUUUGUGCUUACGUUAACUCAUUGUGUCGCUGAGAAUUAGGAUCGAUAUAACGGUAAAAUGGGACGUGAUCGUCAUUCGUUUACACUUUAGUUCGUUCCGGAUUUCUGGAAGUCCAUGUUUAUACAAAACUGUGUCAAAUGUCGAAAUGAAAUAGGGCAAGAAAGUUGCACCUUGAAAUGAAUGAUGGAACAGUUUGAACGUCAAAAAGUUAUUGGAAAAGGCAGCUAUGGAGAAGUAUGGCUUGCACAGCACAAAACGGAUAAAAAGCAGUAUGUACUGAAAAGAAUAAAUCUGAAGCAUGCAUCUGUGCGGGAACGUAAAUCAGCUGAGCAAGAGGCAAAGCUUUUAUCGAAGCUGAAACACCCCAACAUAGUCUCAUACAAAGACUCUUUUGAAUCAAGUGAGGGCUUGUUGUAUAUAGCCAUGCAGUACUGUGAGGGUGGAGACUUGUAUACACGCCUCAAAGAACAAAAGGGCAAUCCACUGGAAGAACGACAAGUUGUGGAAUGGUUUGUGCAAAUUGCUAUGGCAUUACAGUACAUGCAUGAAAGAAACAUCCUUCAUAGAGAUUUAAAGACACAGAAUAUAUUUCUGACCAAGAGCAGAAUUAUCAAAGUUGGAGACUUGGGCAUUGCAAGAGUCCUAGAGAACUCCAACGAUAUGGCCACAACUCUGAUUGGCACACCGUAUUACAUGAGCCCAGAACUCUUUUCAAACAAGCCUUAUAACCAUAAGUCAGAUGUCUGGGCUCUUGGUUGCUGUGUGUAUGAAAUGACGACACUGAAACAUGCCUUUAAUGCAAAGGACAUGAACUCAUUAGUAUAUAAGAUCCUCAAAGGAAGGAUGCCACCAAUGCCUCGACAAUAUGGGUCUGAAUUAAUUGCUCUUAUACGCAGCAUGCUUCAUCAAGAUCCUGAGAAAAGACCUAGUGUUAAUCGCAUUCUUCGAGAUCCAUACAUCAAGCGUAAUAUUGCAAUUUUUUUAGAAGAAACAAAGAAAAGCUGCCAAGCAGGAAGUGGUCCUAGGAGAGUCCGGGUUCCAGGAUCAGCUCCAUCCGCACAUGUUGUUGUGCCAUCUGUGCCUGUAGCAGGUUCUGCCACUGGGAACAGCGAAGCUUCAGUUUCACCAGCAGUGGCACCCUCAUCUCCUUCAAGACCUAGUUCAGCAUCUGCAGGCAUGCCCCCACGAGCACCUCAGAAUGCAUCAAAAAAGCAAGAAACAUUUGCCAGGGAUGAACUAGAUAGUGCUGCACAAGUGAAGAACCAGGUGGCUGACAGUGGAGAUGCUCCACUCCGACCAAACCAUGUGAGACGGCCCUCUGGAGCAUUGCAGAAAGAUCUAGAGACUAUUCAAGAAGAUUUGGCGUCAGCAAAGAUGUUUGAUGACUUAUCUAGCAGUAAAGAAGACACAGUUGUGCCCAACACUGUUAAAGAGGUAAAGAAUACGGCUGUGGAAGUCGAAGCAAAGAAAAAGAAAAAGAAGAAACUGCUACCUACACGAAAUGCUUCCAACAACCAAGCUCCUACUAAAACUUCUGAUCCUUCUGCAUCAGGAGACAGCAUAGCUAGAACUGAAAGCAGCUCACUACUUAAGCAAGAGAGACCCAACUCUGCACGGCCAUUGCCUUUGCCAAAAGCAGAAGUAAGUUAUGGUUUGCCUAAAAAGAGUGAAUCACUUUCACAACAGCAAAAGGCAGAGCCGGUUGAGAAGGGAACAAGUGAUUCAACCUCCUCUAAAUCCUCUUCGCAGUCAGAUGGCUAUGCUGAGGACACUCCAAGAAGUUUGCCAAAUUUGUCAGCACGGGAGAGAAGGCGCCAAAAGAAUCCUUCUAGCAACUCGUUGGAGUGUCCAAACUCUGCAAGAGUCAAAUUACGAAAAGUUCCAGAGAGAUCAUCAUCUGAAAAAGUCACGAAAUCUGAGAAAGAAACUCAUGGUAAAUCAAGCUCAUCAGGACCCCGACGACACCGACAACAGUUACUUAAAGAUAGUUCUAGCUCAUCUGAAGAGUCUGGGAUACAAAAAGGCGAAAGUACAACUGAAAGAGAAAAACAAAGGGCAAUCAAGGAAAUGGACCAGUUCAUAAGUGUGCUGGACUGCACGCUCAAGAUGAACAGCGGACCAUCCAAAUCAGACGAAGAAAAGACAGGGGAGGUCCACGUCAAUGGCCAGCCUUCCCUGCCUGAUGGGAGACAACCAAUGCGAAGAACAUCCAGCGAGGGCUUGAUGGAAAUGCAAACAGAACACAAGACACCACCUGAACAAACAUAUCAAGCCCAUGCAUCUGCCUCUAUGCCUAGCAUUGAAACACUGACAAGUACAACAAGGCUAACAAACCGAAUACGCAUGCUUCACAGAGAUUGUGUACAGGGUGUGGGCUAUGCAGUCUUGAAGAAGGCUUAUGACAUCCUAAACCACAUAGAAGAGGAUGAAAUAGAGCCCAAGCUGAUGGAGCUACUGGGAAAAGACAAAUUUGAUGAAUAUGCUGGCAAGAUAUGGCAGCUGAAGUUCUGUGAAGACUCUUUAUUCAUCUCUUGAUACAUACAAUGAAGUCUGCAGAUUUGUAAGAGUGCUUAAAUGAUUUGUAAAGUUCCACAUUGGUGGCUUGCUCACUAUUCAAAACAUGAUGCAGUGAUAUUCCAUGUCCUUCAAAGUUCAUAUGCAUUGAUAUGUUCACUUACCAACAGAAGUGCUUGUGACUUAUCAGCCACAGCACUAAUUGCAUUAUCAUGUUAUGUGUAUUAUCUGAGAUGUAUUUUAUUUAGUUUUUAAGAGAAUGUGGAGAUAGUUCUCCACAGUUCAGAUCUACAUACUAGAGCCCCUUCCUGUUUUUGUGAUCCAAGUCCACAUAUUAAAACUAACCCCAAUCCAUGCAUUAAAACAUGGAGGGCAGCCACUCUCUAGGACUGCGGUUCUCAACUAGUGGUACAUGUACCCCUAGGAGUAUGACAAGGGUUAUGCAGGGGUACGCAGCGUUAUAAAUAAGCACACACCAUUAUAAAAAUAAAUACUUUUAUGCGCAAGGGGUACCCACUGACAUACUGUCACCCUUUAGGGGUACAGUCACCUAAAAGGUAAUCACUGCUCUAAGAUCAGUGCACACAGUGCAUUUCGGCAGGUGUGCAAUGUUUAAGGUACAAUGGUCGCUCUUUAUGGUGUUGCACACCAUUUUUAUCAACAUUUAUCUCAUUUGGUUAAUAUGCAAUGUUUAUCAAGAUGAAUCAUUCAUCAUGAAUGUUUCUUUCUACAAGAACUUCUGUGAGGUAUGAAAUGGAAAGAAGCACAAAACUGACAUGAAAUGUAAAACAUGCAACAAGAAUUAGAUAUUUUCAACAACUUAGUUGACAUCGGCAUAUGAAAAAUAUUUUUUUAAUUAAAUCUUAUCCAUAUCCCAAAACUCAUCUCCAGCUUUAGCAUCCUUAGCAAGAUCUAAUUGCCUCUACUUUUGCUUAUGUAAAUUUAUAGUCUUAUAAAUUUGGGACAAAAAAAGUGACUUUUGCAGAUGUAUUAGCUACAGAAUUGGAGAUUUGUUUGAGCAGAAGGGUUCCAGAGGUCACUGGUAAUGACAGCGAUCAAGAAGGUAGGGGAGGGUGGUGUAGAGCACUUCUCAGACUGAUUACUACUAACAGGAUAAAAUUUUAUUGUCCUUCAAAGGUUGUGUUCAGCAUUUCAGGUUUGUAAACCUCUCCUUUAUGGUUUAACUUAUCUGACUUUAUGAAGUUGUUAAUCUAGACAAAAUUUAACGAUAGUUAUACUAUUGCGAAUUUGUACUGAGGAUGUAAUUGCUGUUUACUGUCAAUUUUAUUUUGGGUUACUAUAUCAGAAGGUAAAUUCAACAGUUCACAGGAAUAUAAGGUGUGUUUAUGAACAAAGAUUUAUUGCCAAAUGUUGGUCUUGUACAAGGAUUAAUGUAAAAAUGCAUAACAUGUAAAUCAUGGAUCACUUCUUGUAUUUUUAUCAGAUUUUUCCCGUGUGGAAUGCUGCAAAGUCAAAUUUGUUUUUAUUGUAAAGCUGAAUGAGACAAUGAAGAGCAAUGACAGAUUUGUGUGUUCACCACUUUUAUUCCCCCACCUUCAAAGUUUGUGACUUAAUGUAAAAAUAGAGAUUUGUCAGAAGAGAAUUUGAUGCAUGUUGAUGUAUUGACAGAUUUAUUCCUACAAAUUACAUUCCUGUAUAUUAUAGAACUUUCCCUUCUAACCUAUUCCAAUGAAAGCUUGAAUGACAAUUUGUAUAGCAUAGAGAUGGACUUAUGCUAUGUAAAUAGUUUUAGUUAUGUCAGUAUUAUGACACCAUGCAGAAUAUAGUUUUUAAAAUGUGGUUCAAGCAACCACAUAUGUAUAUGUUAAUGUUUUCCAUUUAGGAGGAAGUGAGAAUGGCAAUUCUGAGCGGGAAUGUACAAAGUAUUGAAGGUGAUUCAUUUGUUAGAGUGAAGACAUUUAUUAUGAUGGCAUUUAUGGUGUCCUUAUAUUUCUGCAAGUAAGGCCAUCUUGCCAUCUAACAGAGGCUUGAAAUUAUGUGUUGAAGAUUUAUUUUCUUCUCAAGAUAGCUAUAAGGUAAAAUCUCACCAAUUUUAGAUGGUCAGGGUUGGGAGCAAAGUGUUAAAGAACACACUUUUCUCAGGGCUAACUUUUUUGUGCGGGGUGGUGCCCACGUCUUCUCUUUCUUCAACCCUCUAUGAAGUGAGGAACCCAUUCCCGACAACAGAGACUACUGGAAGAAGUUCGCGGGACCACAGGGUUAUUGAACCAGUGCUCUAACCACUCUGUUAUCCACUUCAUGAACUGAAAGCUAAUUAAAAACAAAAAUGGAAGAAAUAGUCUCUGAAUUUUCUGGGCAAGAAAAAUGGGAAUGCAUCAUGGGAAAGCUACCUCAUAGGUAGUUCUGCUCCUUUACUCCUUGGUUACUGCCCCAUAAACAUUAAAUUCUACCAUGGCACCUGAA